CAUAAAAUACAUUUAAUCUUGAUGAGUGUUUACUGUUGAUCUUGAAAGCUUAAAUAUCAAUUCACAUUAAAAUUUUUGCAAUAUUAACCCUUUAUUUUCCAUUUCUUUAUCAGAAAUCCAGAUGACAUUGAGAUCAAGCCGGUUCCCAAGGAAAGUACAUUGCUAAAUUCAAUCCUUGUGCAUGCAUCAAUACCUAAGGAGUAAUAUAUCGACCACUUUCAAUCCCACCAUAAUCAUAAUCACUGUAUGGUAGUGACCACUAUAACUAUGAGCCCGUUUAUCGCUGUUAAUUUGUAUUUGGCUUCCAGCUUUUCAGCUCAAGAUAUUGAAUCGUAUACUUGGAUUGGAAUCCUGAGUUCAACUGUAGUCCAGCGCCCAACUAAUAUUAAUAUCUUAUUUAUACCAAUUGUUAAAUAGGCGUUAUUAUCUCUAUUUAUUUGCACAAUUUAAAGCCAAUUAUGACACCAUUUAGAUGCCUCCUGAAAGACAAUCAAGCUAUAAUGGGCAAACGGCAGAUAAAGAGACGCUUUUUUUGUUUCAUUCACACACAAAAAGAAGAGUCAACCCUUCAUUUUGAAUAUAAUGUAAAUGCAGUUCAUCUUUAAAGCUGAAUAAUGGAAUGAAAUGGGGAAAAAGCAAGCCAUCCCACCAAAUUGAUACCUGGAAAGUUUUAGCCGAAAAAAAGAGCAAAAGUUUAAACCAAUAUCCCAACAAAUGAAUUUUUUGUUGCAUUUUUUAUGUGACAUUAUCCAUCAGCUCACAGCAUCUUUCAACUCAUUUGUUUCACAUGUUCACCAUCAACACCGUCUGCCUUCAUCUUCAUCCUCAUUUCCCUUUUGUCUUAUACUAUUACAAUCUUAAUAAUAAUAUAAUACAAAAGAAGGUGAAUUAAAUAACGUUAAUAAUAAUGAUAAUAAUAUGAACAAACAAAAAAGAAAGAGCCAAGUGAAAGUAAAAAGCGAAACUAACGUUCGCUAAACAAAAACAGGUUCGUCCUAAUGUCCGAACCGGUUCCAAUAAUCUUUUAAAGUAAAGCUGAAAACUGAUGAGGAGCAAAGUGAGAGUGGACUGUAAAGAGGAAGAUAAAUCAAGAAAACUCUCACUUUCAAUGACCUGAAGUUUCGACUUUUUUUCACUGAUUUACUAUCGUUAGUCUGAUACGUUCAUUUGAUGGACGCAGCAAUUAGUAUUAAAUUGUGAUAAAAAGAAGCAAAAAAAACAGGGCAAAACCCAAGUCAACCUCAACUCUGUGUGUUAACUGUGAUUGUAAAGUCACCCAAUGGACUAAACAAUUUAUGUAAAUCAAUUUCGUUUUAUUUCCUCAUUUUCAUUGAUGGCAAUCAACUAAUUUGUCAACAAUCCUACAAACAACAUCAAUAUUUACAAUUAGACUCAAAAUGGCUUCUAGAUUAAAAUAUCAAUCUAUGGUCAACCAUUUGCUCUCUAUUUUCAUUUUAACCCAAGUUAUCAAUCUGAGUUAUGUUGCUUCAUUGGCUCCACAAAUUAAAGACCUCAAAGUCCAAUGUGAUUCAGACGGAAUGGAAGUCAAUGUUACAUUUGAUUCGCCAUUCAACGGAAUCAUCUUUUCUAAAGGCUAUUACAAUGAUAUGGGUUGUAGAUAUGUCCAAGAGAAAAGCGAUUCGUCCAAUUUAGCAUUCAAAAUUCCAGCUGAAGGUUGUGGUACUGCGAGUGUUCUCAGUAAAGACGUCAAAGAUUCUAAACAAUUCGAAAAUGUAAUAAUAUUCCAAAACGAUCCAAUUUAUCAAGAAGUUUGGGACUCUGCUCGUCUAUUAUCUUGUCGAUAUUCACUGCAACGCGACCUUCCAGUCCAAGAGAAACGAGUUAUAUUCAAACCAUUCCUCGUUGAUAUGCUUGAUGUUAUCAGGGUUCCUAUGGCUGACUUUGCCGGUGAUGAGCAUAAAGUUGACUGCUGGAUGGAUGUAACCAAAGGCCGUUAUCCCAAUAAUUCGCCAAUUGAUGGUCCAGUUAAAGUUGGUGAAAAUUUAACUCUGGCUAUCUACAUUCGAGAUACUCGUAAACGAACUGAUAUUCGGGUUAAAGACUGUUACGCAUACGAUAAUGAAAAGUCAGUUAAUGACACGAGUCCAGCUUUGUUACAAUUGAGUGGUGAAGAUGGAUGUCCAUUAAAACCCAAGUUAAUGGAUGUUUGGAAGAGAACCACUACCGGUGCUCAAGACGCUACUGUUCUAGCAUACAGUACUGUAACGGCUUUCAAGUUUCCGGACCAUUCUAAUGUCCAUUUAACAUGUAAUGUGGAGCUUUGUAAAAACCAAUGUGCGGAUAGAUGUUCCCUGGAAGAGAAAGAAAUCGCCAAAGGGAAAAAUGGUGAAGCAAGUACGGAUGGAGAUGAAGAAAUGUCCAAAUCCAGUGAAAGUGAAUCUGAUGAUGAAGACGAUGACGACGAUUCUAAUAGCAAUAAAAAUGAUGAGUCUGAUGUUAAACCUGUUUCAAUAUCAACUAAAGCGGCUCCGGCUUCGGCUCCUAAACGUGAUUCAACCAAAAGUGAAGAUGCUGAAGACGAGGACUCUAACGCAGGCGAAGAAGCCAAGAUGGAAACUACAAGUGCAAAACCAACAACAGCAUCGUCGGUAAAAGAUGCAGAUGAAGAUGAAGAUGCAGCAAGUGAGGACGCAGCAGAAGGAUCAACAAGUGAACGAGGAGGACGUAAAUCUGAUGGUGAAGACAACGAGGAAGGCACAGAUGAAGAAACUUCUGUUGGAUCAUCAACAUCCACAUCAACAACGACUUCUACUACAACAGCUAAGCCUAGUGAAGAUGAAGACGAAGAAGAAGAUAAAAGUGAUGAAGAGGAUGAGGAUAAGAAAUCUGAAACCAGCCCAACAACAACUACAUCUACAACAUCCACCACAUCAACAACAACAACGACAACGACAACAACUGAAAAGCCAAGUGAAAAAUCGGAAGAUGAUGAAGAGGAUGAAGAUGGUGUAGAUGAUAGUGAUACUGAUUCAAGAAAGCGCAGUCUAAGGCCAGCUAAAGCUGAAGGAAAAAGUAUUGCUGACGAUGAGGAUGAAGAUGAAGAAGAUAAUUCAAGUAAACUUAUAUCCUUUAAAGCUAAACAGUCAAUGAAAACCAAAGCUGAAGCUUCUGAAGACGAAGAUUAUGAUGAUGAUCUUCAAUCCUCUCGAGGAUCAUCAACUUCAGUUUCUCCAGUAACAACAACAACCACACCAAUUCCCAAAACUCCAUUAAUUAUCGUUAUUAAACCAGAGAAAAGUAGGAAAAAGAUAAAAGAAGCUGCUCGAAGAGGACGAAUUGAAAGUAGGUCACGUCAAGCAGUUCGCUCAUCAUCAUCUAAACUUGGAUCAUCAAGGUCAAUUUCAUCUCAAGUUUCACGAGAAUCUUGCUGUUCUGAUGUAACUACGACUUCAUCUCGAUCAGAUCGUAAAUCGACAACGUCUACUACAAAAUCUCCAAUAAUCGCUCGAUCAUCUUCAGGAAGAUCAGUCAGAAGGUCUUCUCGUUUUGAUGAACCAAAUUCAGAAAAUGUAUCAAACUUGCAAAGUAAGUCUCAACGAUCUUCAAGACAAAGCAAGAAACAAGCAAAAACAUCAACUACAACCACAACCACAUCAACAACUGUUGCUCCUAAAAAGAUCAAAACAACCUCAACUAAAAGACCACGUCGUCGAUCAACAACAACCACAACCACAACUACAACUACUCCUAGAACGACAACAGAAUCUGAUGAAGAUAAAGAAGAAACGGAAGCACCUCGAACAUUCCGAAAAUCAACCAGAAAACCCAAACGUCCAGUUGUGAGAACUCGAAAAUCAUUAACAGAUCGAUUAUUUAUCCCACACUCAAAUGACCGUCAAACAACUCCGAAAACAGUUACAACUACCAUUUCACCAUCAAUUAGUAGUAGCUCAACUUUUCGGAUUGCUUCAAAUCGAUUCUCAACUCACCGUUCAAAUCCUUACCUCCGGUCAACCUUGAAACCAGCAACAAUUCCAUCAUCACGUAAUAGCCUUAGGUUAACCUCAUCAUCAACCGUAGCACCACCCAAACGUUUGGCUGAUUUCGAUGAAUUUAAGGAUAAUGAGGCUUUAAUUGAAAAUGAAAAACCUGACCGAAACCGUAUUAAACCCUCAUCAUCAUCAGCAGCAACAGGAGCAUCUCGACGUUGGGAUGGAGACGAAUUGUUCAAUCCAUUUAAAGAAAUUGAAUACGAACCAGUCCGAUUAAAUAAUAACCGUAAUCAACGUCGCCGUCGAUCACUUUACACCCUUUCUAAUGAUCAACAUACCGAUGAAAAGCUAUCAAAUUACAACAUGCCGAUCAUCUUCUAAUCAAGCAACAUAUCAUCAUUUUUAUUAUUUUUCUGUAUUUCUUUCCUUUUUUCCUCUAUUUCCUUAAUUUCUGAAUCAUCUUUCUGUUGAUUCACAAUUUUUCCUAGCAAUUACCAGAAUUUUCAACCGUACCAGUUAAAAACAAAUAUACAGAAAAACAUUAAAAAUAGGUGAUCUUCAAUAGACUUUAGGUAAAUUUCAUUCUGAUAAUUUAAUUUCUUCACCUCUUCUCCUUUUCAUUCCUUCUUACACUGAUAAAUCAUCUCUCAAUCUAAUUGAAUCACUUCAACUAUCAAUCAUUUGAACAUAAUUUCUCAAUUAGAUUCAACAACUCAACUCUUUUUGUAUUAAUUGUACAAAGACAAGAUUUCUAUUAACAUGCAUGUAUUAGUGCAUACAACUUUUCAAUUAUUAUUACAACUCUUUUGGUUAGACUGAUUACUCGGAAAAGUCAGACCAAUUAGUGCCAACAAGCUGAUAUAAAGCAACAACAACAACAAAAACACGGAGAAAACAAGUGACAAGAAGAGCGUAAGAACACAAUCAAUGCCGUUUUGUUUGGCCAAGCUAAGUUACACUUGCAUCUCCUGUUAACUACAUUGUUAUUAAAUAUUCAACUACACGAUUUUUCAUGUCAAUAUUUACAAUUGGAAAUUACAUCACAAAUUGUUAAUCAAAGAGUUGAAAAAACAUGCAAAGUAUAACUCUAAACAAGAUUGACAAGAACAAGAAGCCUUCAACUUCACCAAACAAUCACCAGAAAAUCAACUUCAAUUAAUCAAUUAUUGGAAGCAGCUCAAUCCAACGAUUACAUUUAAUCUGAUUGUUAUUACUUUUUGACUCUCCAAUAUCACUAUUACCAAUAUCAAUUUAUUGAGACCAAACAAUCAGUAAAACCUGUUGAUACUGGAUAAUAUAAAUUACAAAUACAUAAGGCUAUCAACACAUCCAACAAUUAGCCGUACUGAUGGAAAAACACAAUCAAUUUAAUGCUACCAUCAAUUAUCUUUUCAGUAUAUUGAUCACAAUUUAUCAAUCGCUCAUAUUCAUUGCCUGUAAACCAACAUCGGAAGCUUAACUAUAAACCUAAAUCAUUUGUAAAUCACAUCUUUACAUUGAUUCCAGAUGAUUUAAAAAGAAUACAUUUUUGUAUUGUUCUGUCGCUUCAAUUAAGGCAAUAAAAACAAUCAACCCUCAUGAUUUAAGA